AUGUAUGGUGUGAACAUCAUCCAUGGUAUUCGUGAACGACUGUUGUAUAUUGUGUCAGUCUAUUUGGUGAAGCUUUCAGACAGUGGUUACUUUAUGUCCUUGAUUGUAAUGCCUCCGCGUUUUAAGUCCAAAGCACAUGAACUGAAGCUUCAAGAUCCAUCACACGGAAACGGUGAACGACAGCCACUGGCCGGCAAGAACAAAACCGACCCGGGAGACUUGGGCAAAAGCCUCGAUCCUGUGUAUCAAUCCGUGAAAGUUCAGACCACACAAGCAGAGUUCCUCGAGGGGAGACAAGCUACACCCCAUUUCCUUACUACCUAG